AUGAUUAGUUUCCUUUCCCGUUCUUUCUUCUUUCUUUCUUUCUUUCUUUCUUUCUUUCUUUCUUUCAUUCUUCCUUCUUUUUGUUGUUCUUUCCUUUUUCGUUCGUUCUUCUUUCUUUCUUUCUUUCUUUCUUUCUUCCUUCCUAAUUUCUGUUGUUCUUUCCAUUUUCGUUCUCUCUUCUUUCUUUCUUUUUUCAUUCUUCCUUCUUUCUGUUGUUUUUUUCCUUUCCCGUUCGUUCUUCGUUCUGUUGUUCUUUCCUUUUUUCGUUCUUCCUUUUUUUCUUUUUUCGUACUUCCUUUCUUUUUUCGUUCUUCCUUCUUUCUGUUGUUCUUUCUUUUUUUCGUUCUUUUUUCUUUCUGUUCUUUCCUUUUUCGUUCGUUCUUCUUUCUUUCUUUCUUUCUUUCUUUCUUUCUUUCUUUCUUUCAUUCUUCCUUCUUUUUGUUGUUCUUUCCUUUUUCGUUCGUUCUUCUUUCUUUCUUUCUUUCUUUCUUCCUUCCUUCUUUCUGUUAUUCUUUCCAUUUUCGUUCUCUCUUCUUUCUUUCUUUUUUCAUUCUUCCUUCUUUCUGUUGUUUUUUUCCUUUCCCGUUCGUUCUUCGUUCUGUUGUUCUUUCCUUUUUUCGUUCUUCCUUUUUUUCUUUUUUCGUACUUCCUUUCUUUUUUCGUUCUUCCUUCUUUCUGUUGUUCUUUCUUUUUUCGUUCUUUUUUCUUUCUGUUCUUUCCUUUUUCGUUCGUUCUUCUUUCUUUCUUUUUUCGUUCUUCCUUCUUCCUGUUGUUCUUUCUUUUUUGUUCUUCUUUCUUUCUGUUCUUUCCUUUUUCGUUCGUUCUUCCUUCUUUCUUUCUGUUCUUUCUUUCUUUCUUUAUUUCUUUGUUUCCUUCUUUCUGUUGUUUCUUUCCUUUUUCGUUCGUUCUUCUUUCUUUUUUCGUUCUUCUUUCUUUCUGUUCUUUCCUUUUUCGUUCGAUCUUCUUUCCUUCUUUCUUUCGUUCUUCCUUCUUUCUGUUGUUCUUUCCUUUUUCGUUCGUUCUUCUUUCUUACUUUCUUUUGUUUCUUUUUUCGUUUUUCUUCCUGUUAUUGUUUCUCCUUUCUGUUAUUCUUCAUUUAUUUCCUUUUACUUUCUUUUUCUUUCUCUUAUUCUUUAUUUAUUUUUAUUUUUUUCGUUCUUUUUCCUCUUAUUCUUUCUUUAUUUCUUUUUCCUUUUUUGUUCUUUCUUUAUUUCCUUUUACUUUCUUUUUUCAUUCUUUCUUUUAUUUCUUAUUCUUUAUUUCUUUUUACUUCUUUUCGUUCUGUCUUUCUUUUCUCAAUUAUUCAUAUUUCUUUUUCUUUUAUUUCUUCAAACAUUUUCUGCUUCUUCAUUUUUCUCUUUUUAA